UGACGUGUUCUGAAGCGGCAGGAAAAUGGAGGAAACCAACAACAGCUCUGAAAAGGGGUUUCUUCUCCUGGGAUUUUCAGAUCAACCUCAGCUAGAGAGGUUUCUCUUUGUCAUCAUUUUGUUCUUCUACAUCUUGAGCCUUCUGGGGAACACUGCCAUCUUACUAGUGUCUCGUCUGGACUCCAGACUCCACACUCCGAUGUACUUCUUCCUCAGCAACCUCUCGUGUGUGGACAUCUGCUUUACCACCAGUGUUGCCCCACAGUUGCUGGUUACCAUGAAUAAGACAGACAAAACCAUGAGCUACGGUGGCUGUGUGGCCCAGCUCUACGUGGCCAUGGGCUUGGGCUCGUCUGAGUGCAUCCUCUUGGCCGUCAUGGCUUAUGACCGCUAUGCUGCUGUCUGCCGGCCACUGCACUACACAGUCAUGAUGCACCCGAGGCUCUGUGCGUCUCUGGCCAGUGUAGCGUGGCUCAGCGGCCUCGUUACCUCCCUGGUUCAGUGCUCCCUCACUGUGCAGCUGCCUCUCUGUGGUCAUCGCAAACUGGAUCAUAUUUUCUGUGAGGUGCCAGUGCUCAUCAAACUGGCCUGUGUGGAUACGACUUUCAACGAGGCAGAACUCUUUGUGGCCAGUGUAGUCUUUCUAGUAGUCCCGGUGUUACUCAUCUUAGUCUCCUAUGGCUUUAUCACCCAAGCUGUGUUAAGGAUACAAUCAGCUGCGGGGCGCCAAAAGGCCUUUGGGACCUGUUCCUCUCACCUGGUUGUGGUCGUCAUUUUCUAUGGGACCAUCAUAUUCAUGUACCUUCAACCGGCCAAUAGUAGAUCCAAAAACCAGGGAAAGUUUGUUUCUCUUUUCUAUACCGUAGUCACCCCCCUUUUAAAUCCCAUUAUCUACACUCUGAGAAACAAAGAUAUGAAAGGGGCCUUGAGGACCCUGAUGCUGGGAAAUGCUGUUGGACAAAGCCACGGGAACUAGCAAAACACCUGGAAUUCAACGAAGUGAAACACGCCAAGGCCGAGUGAGGGUUCAUUCUCCC